AUAAAAUGGGCGUGAAGAACCAGACGCGUCUUCACCAACUUCAACUCAGCUCUUCUUGAGUUUCACAUUGGAUCGGAUUGAGAAGCGGGUUGGGGGCUAAUGGGGAAAGGGGGAGGCUGUGUUCCCAGCAAGAACAAGCUCCAGAGAACCAACUCCAACAACCGAUCGAAAGCGCCGGAGCCCGUUAUUUCCGGCGAGCCCAACUCCGGCGCCACCGCCGACAGGGAUGCUAAUUUGGCGACGGAGUCCACCGCGGCCGUUCAGACCCUCAAAAUCUUCAUCGUCUUCUACUCAAUGUACGGCCACGUGGAGGACUUGGCGAGGAGAAUGAAGAAGGGGGUGGACGCCGUGGACGGCGUGGAGGCCGUGCUUUACCGCGUCCCCGAGACCCUUUCCGAUGAGGUGCUCCGCCAAAUGCGGGCCCCGCCCAAGGAUGACGAUAUCCCGGAGAUUGCCUCCGCCGCGGAGCUGCCUGCCGCCGACGGGUUGUUGUUUGGGUUCCCCACGAGGUAUGGGUGCAUGGCUGCCCAAAUGAAGGCGUUCUUUGACUCUACCGGGCAGUUAUGGAGGGAGCAGAAGCUCGCCGGAAAACCUGCCGGGUUCUUUGUCAGUACUGGGACUCAAGGAGGUGGACAAGAAACAACUGCUUGGACCGCAAUCACCCAGUUAGCCCAUCACGGGAUGCUGUUUGUUCCAAUCGGGUACACAUUUGGGGCUGGUAUGUUCAAAAUGGACUCGAUCCGAGGCGGGACUCCAUAUGGGGCUGGAGUUUUCGCUGGCGAUGGGUCAAGGGAAGCAACAGAAACUGAGCUUGCACUUGCGGAACAUCAAGGAAGGUAUAUGGCUGCUGUUACUAAGAGGCUGGCUCAUGGUUGAUGCCAUGCAAUUGUGUUCACUUAAACUUAAAAGUUACACCACAUAUAUACAUCUCGAUCUCUUUUCCCUAUAGGUGAGAUGUGCCUUGCUUUUGUUGAUGCUUAUAGUCCAAUUUAAUGAUUGUCCAUUAAGAUGCAGAUCUCUCUCUCUCUCUCUCUCUUGAAAACAAAAUGUAUAUUUUCCAUCUUUUCAUCCUGUGUCUAAAAGGUUGUAAUCUGUUAAUUCAUUCUUUGCUGGACACAAUUUAUUGCAGUAUAUGUGAUUCCCAGAGUUGUUUGGUUCUA